UGAUACCAAUGACAGCCUCGAGGUGGGGAGGAAGAAGGGAUGGUAAUGUACUUCAACAGGAGAUUAAGCCUUUGUUCCGUCAUGUGAUUACUUCAUUGUGUUGCCCUGUGCUUCCCUAUAUAAUCCCGGGUAAUACUCCAGUCGAUCUGUAUCCCCGUCGCUGACGUUUCUACGAUGAUGUACGGACCGUCGUUGAUGUCGAUGCGUGUCAUCUUUGUCCUGGGCUUCAGUUUGGCCAGUGGCUUGCCCAAGUCAAAACGAGAAACUGACUGUAGUGGCAAGUUCGCGUCUGUGACCCCCUUCCUGCUGAAGGCGGCUGUUAUCGACGGCACGUGCAUGUACAUGGUGGAUCAGACUUACACCUACAACGCCGCCAGGUCACUGUGUAGAGCUGAGGGGACUCACCUCGUGCACAUCCGGGACCCAGCGACACAACAAGCCAUUGAGGAGGAGUUUGGUGUAAGCCAGUUCUGGACAGGUCUGCGGAAGGUCAAGGGCGCGUGGCAAUGGGUCGGCCUGGGCGGUGUCCAGGAGGGGAUGACAGAUGCACGCUGGGAGAACGACUUCCCCCCGAGCGACAAACACGACGUUGUUGCCUACACCACCUCCGGGGUGAGGGAAGGAGAUCGGGUCUUCUACUGGAAGGGGGCAAGGACAAACUACCAUUACCGACCCGUAUGUCAGACCCCGCCCCCUACGCUCGAUGAUUGCACGAUCUCAGAUGACUGUUCCGGCAAGUUUUCGACUAUCCCCGCUGAGAGACUCCAAUACGACUUCAUCGACGGCGUGUGUGUGUACCUCAUCGACCACCCUUACACGUACCGGGACGCCAAGGCCUUGUGUAAAGGGGAAGGAACUCAUCUUGUACAUGUGCAUGAUCCUGCCAUGCAGCAAGCCGUUCAGGACUCGUUCCAACGUACUCAGUUUUGGACUGGUCUAAAGAAGAUAAAUGGGGUGUGGCAGUGGGUUGGUCUGGGUGGUGAGAAGGAGGUUAUGGACGCCCCUCGUUGGGAGAAUGGAUUCCCCCCAUCUGACAGCAAUGACGUUGUCAUGUACACCACGCAGGGCAACGAUCAGACAGGGGCUCCAACGUACAACUGGAAGGGUGCCCGUAUGAACUACUCGUACCGUGUCGUGUGUCAGACUCCCAGGUGCUGACGGGGGACACAUCCUCCUGUCUCCUGCUUCCUGACUCCGGAAAAGUCACAGCACGUGCAAACACUUCGACAAUAAAAGUUACCAAGGUCAA